AUGGCAGCACAGGCACCUCCCCAGGUGCAGCCGUGCCGCUAUAAGGUCGGGAAAACGCUCGGCGCUGGUUCAUAUUCGGUGGUGAAGGAAUGCGUGCAUAUUGAUACGGGGCGAUGCUAUGCCGCCAAAGUUAUCAAUAAGCGGUUGAUGACUGGUCGCGAACACAUGGUCCGAAAUGAGAUAGCCGUGUUGAAAAAGGUGUCGAUGGGCCACAAAAACAUCCUGACAUUGGUCGACUACUUUGAGACAAUGAACAACCUGUACCUGGUGACGGACCUGGCUAUGGGGGGCGAGCUCUUUGACCGAAUCUGCCGGAAAGGCUCGUAUUACGAGUCAGACGCCGCAGACUUGAUCCGGGCUACGCUUUCCGCCGUCGCCUACCUACACGACCACGGAAUAGUGCACCGCGACUUGAAGCCGGAGAACCUUCUAUUUCGAACGCCGGAAGACAACGCCGACCUCCUGAUAGCGGACUUUGGGCUUUCACGGGUCAUGGACGAGGAGCAGUUCCACGUGCUGACGACUACGUGCGGGACGCCUGGAUACAUGGCGCCGGAGAUCUUCAAGAAGACGGGCCACGGCAAGCCGGUGGACAUCUGGGCGCUGGGCGUCAUCACAUACUUUCUGCUGUGCGGGUACACGCCGUUCGACCGGGACAGCGAUUUUGAGGAGAUGCAGGCCAUUCUCAAGGCAGACUAUGCCUUUGCGCCCGUUGACUACUGGCGCGGCGUGUCGGAUGCGGCUAAGAAUUUUAUCACGCGCUGUCUGACCAUUGAUGCGUCGCGGCGCAUGACGGCGCACGAGGCGCUGCAGCAUCCCUUCGUGGCGGGCUACGAGCGGCGGGAGGGCGACGACAAGGGCGAGAACCUGCUGCCGACGGUAAAGAAGAACUUCAACGCGCGGCGGACGCUGCACGCCGCCAUCGAUACGGUGCGGGCCAUCAACAAGCUCCGCGAGGGCAGCAACCACGGGCUCAUGAACGGGGAGCGGUCGCGCGAGCCGCAGAAAGACGGAAUGCAGGGCGUGGUGGCGGCAGCGAGAGCGGCAGCAGGCGGGUCGACCACACGGCCCAACAGCAGCGGCCGGACGGCAGAUUCCGGCUACGGCACGCUGCAGAGCGGCCAGCAGGACGUGCGCAUGAGCGAUGCGCCGCCUAUGGGCGCGGUGCCCCUAUCUCUGCGGCCGGGAAUGGAGGUGAACAAGGUGAUCGAGACGACGAAGGGCCUGUGGACAGGGGUGGGAAGCCGUGGUUGA